GGUAGAUAGUCCAUUAGUGCAAACAUUAAUCUGAGCUAUUGCAGUGGCAGCCACUAUUCACACCACUCCCCCAAACGCCGUCGUUUUGCUGCGCCACCGCCGCUUCCUUCUCGAACCUUCCACCAUGUCGAUUCGCGAUUCCGAAUCCUUCAAUUGGCACUACGACGCAGAGCUCGACGACCAGAGCCUCCAUUUCCGCGGCCACAAGCUCUUCUUCAUCAUCGUCAUUUUCUCGAUCGUCUUCCUCUUCACCGCGCUCUUCAUCUUCGCUCGACGGAUCUGCCGCCACCACGGCCUCCUCUUCGAAGCCGUCCCACCGCACCAGGCGUCGCCGAUGCUUCCUUCUCAGGACGGGCUCGACGCCGACGCGAUCAAGCGGCUACCGAUCAUCCUGCACCAGCGCGCGGCGGCGGAGGAGUCGGAGUGCUGCAUCUGCCUCGGCGCGUUCGUCGAUGGCGCGAAGCUGAAGGUUCUCCCUGGAUGCGAACACAGCUUCCACAGCGAGUGCGUUGACAAGUGGCUGGCGAAUCACUCCAAUUGCCCUCUCUGCAGAGCAUCGGUGAAACUCGAUCCUUCGUUACCGAGGAUUUUGAUCCAAUCGCCACCCGUUAGAACAACUAUUCCUGUCUGAUACCUUUUUCAGUUCAGAUUGGUAACUUAGAAACAGUUGUAGUAGUUCUCACUUGUUUUGGACAAUCUUCUGCAUGUGUAAAUCCUUGUAAGAACUACUAAUGAAUCGCCGAGAAAUA